AAAGUAGGAGGCGAGCGCACCUAUGUAGUUACAAAGUUACUCAUUAACUUGUCCUUCACAACACGAUUGAGGCGAACGCACCCCUUUCGGCCUCCAUUUUAUAGCAAAGGUGAAAAGAAACGUUCAGUGACAAUGCUGCUUCAAUGUGAGCUAUAAGGAAGAGGGUCAUAUCCGGACCUGAGUUUCAGGUACAUAUAGACCAGGCUGACCAGGAAGUAGGGGAACCAUGGGGUCCUGGGGCCCCGGUCUGUGUGUGGUUUUGUGUUUCUGGGGAACAGUUAGUUGGAACACACUUCACGGUCACAUUGUUGGCCCGUGUACUGUCAAUACUGGCACGGCAUCAUUUAACUGCAGUUGGAGGAAACUGGCCCAUAUUCCAACAGAGAUAUGGAACAAUGCAACCGCACUGGACCUCUCUCAUAACCACCUGAACCUUACUAACCCUCAACACCUCAGACAACUACAGAGGUUGGAUCAGCUGGUUCACCUAAAUCUCUCAGGAAACUACCUCCCUCUGCUGGAGAAAGGCCACUUCUGCAGCCUGCCCUUCCUGCAGAUACUAGACCUCAGUGGUUGCCAACUGACCUCCAUGGAGGCUGGAGCUCUGCAGGGUUUACCCAGGUUAGGGAAGCUGUUUCUGGGGCACAACAUACUGCAAGCCCCCCUGUCUGUUUCUGCUCAAACUAUAUCCUUCCUGGAUCUCAAUGGGAACCAAGAGCUUGACCAUGGCUCUGAUGAUUCGUCGACAGGAAACAGAAGACCAUUCCAUAGGAAACUGUUAACAGAGGUCAUUGAACAUCCCAGCCCAACUCCAACUAACUCAGUGACUACAACUAAUGGCAGUGAGGAUGGUGGUCAGAGCCGUUUCUCCAAAAGCUGGCAGUACCUGGUAGCAGUACUGGUGACGGCCAUCUCCCUCUCCCUCCUCAUCGCUGUCCUGGCCAAAUGCCAGCUGGUCCGCCGCUACCUGGCCAGUUACCGUCACACCCGGCUGAUCGAGGGGGACACAGCCAGCCAGUGUGACGCCAACAGCCUGGAGGUAGGCUUCUCCAUGCACAACCAUGGGGGACAGGCACGGAGCCCCCACCCUGCUGCUGUCCUCCAGGGAGAGAUGGACAUGGAGGAUGAGGAGGAUGAUGAUGAUGGCUUCAUAGAGGAUAACUACAUACAAGCCAGCGAGAGGGAGAGGGCUAAGAGGGCACUGGAACUACAGGAGGAGGAGGAGGAGGAUGACAUGGUAUUUUCCAUUGGCUAGAGAGGUGGAAUGGGAGGGGAGAGAAAGACAGACAGACAGACAUACAUACAGAGAGAGAGAGAGAGAGGUCAAUGUAGCCAAUUUGGACACUGAUUAGGGCCAAUGCCGAUAUUAAAUAUAUGCAUGUCUAUCUCCAUCAUCUUGGGAGGGAAAAAAAGGUCACAGAUGAAUACAAAACUGACAAUAGCAAUCUCUCUCAGAGCAGAGCCAACUCAAUGUAGCUUUGCAAUAGGGUACCUGUGAAUGUGUGUCUUUCAUUGGAUUUCCAAGUAGGGUUGACUUUGUACAGACUUGAAAUACAAAUAUGUUUGGAAAUGAUUAUUCAAAGUGGAUCAAAUAAUGAAUCAAUUUGUUUUGAGUUUGCUUUUUUGAGUUCCGGCAUAAUUUGAUUUUUUGGGUGUGCUUGCACUCCACUUUGUUACAUUUGUAGAUCAAAUAAACGUUUUAAAAUUCAAUAGCA